UCAUGUAAGUCCGUUUCGAGCAGCGUUGUAACACGAAUAAUCGGGAUAGCUCGAAAACCCUUUAUUUUCAAAUUCAAAUUCAUGCUCAGUGCAAUAGUGCAGUGCGCUGUGAGGAAUUGAGUUAAUUCGUUCUGUAUUACUAACUCUACACGCUAGCAUUAUUCUUAAUCCGUUUGUAAAAGAAAAUGUCAGUGUACGAGCUCCUGAGCAACCAACUGGAGAGUCUCAUUAAUCAUUUUAAUGGGAUUCUCGAGAAGAAUAACGUCGGCAUGUAUGAGCCGUUGGAAAAUGAUGAUGGCACCCCGCUCGCUGAGGUAGAUGUUCCUAUGGUACAAUUGGCGCGUAAGCUAAUCGCAUCCUUCAGGCAGGAUCACAAGUUGACAAAAAAACAGAUCGAGCUCGAAGAAAAUCAUUCGAUGCAGGAAGGUGAUCCGCAUCUCGUGCUGUCGUCCGUGAAACCGCCCGUAGACGAAACGGUGGAGUUGCAGUUUGAAUCUUUGGAAGAACCGAUUUCCAAGUACAGCUUUUUAAAAGGCGAUGAAAUCAUUCAAAUUGUCCCAUUAUACCCCAAUAACCUCGAGUUGCCGGAAGAAAUAGGCAACGUUUUAUACGAUGUCGUAACAAAUGAAGUCAUUUGUGUGUUUCACAAACAAAGCACCGAUGAGCACAUGGUGUUUGAAAUUUUACCUGAUACCGAUGGGUACCGCUUAUUCCACCAUGUUCCGAAUUACUAGACAAUUGAGAUAAAUAGUGGUUUUCUUAACGAGCUCUGAGAUAUAAAGUACAAGUUUUAAAGAUGUCAUGUGAUGUGACCAGUGA